CUCUCUGCCUUCAAUUCUUCCUUCUUCUCCUUCACAUUCUAUCUGCCAUAUAUAGUACACAGAUUGUGCACGGUAGGCAGCAAGCAGGUACUUAAAUAUAUGCGCUACGAGGUGUUCGUCUUCGUCAUCGUUCAGCCAAAGUCUCAACAUAUAUAUCUAUAUAUAUAAUUGGUCCUAGCUACCAUAUAUAUAUAUAUAUAUCUUGCUGGCCGGGAAUAAUAGAGGUGAAGAAGGCGCUGUAGGCCGGAGAGACGAGCUAGGCAGGGAGAAUGAGAGGGUUCGAGAGGAAAGGAGUCCGGCAGUACAACCGGUCGGAGGUGCCGCGGAUGCGGUGGACGGAGGAGCUUCACCGGCAGUUCGUCGAGGCCGUCGAGUGCCUCGGUGGCCAGGACGAAGCAACUCCGAAGCGAAUUCUUCAGUUGAUGGGCGUGAAAGGAGUCAGCAUAUCUCAUAUCAAGAGCCAUCUUCAGAUGUACAGAAGCUCUAGCACCAGCAGCAGUGACCAUCAGUCCAGCCUCCAGAAGCCGACAUCAACCAGCAACAGCAAGCGCGUGUUCUUGAACCGUGAAGAUCACUGUGUCUACGCGUCACCGGAUGGAAACACGGCAGCUUCAGACAAGAACAUUUACGCCGCCUUGCUCCGCGGUUGCAGUCAUCAGUCGUCACCAUACCAAACACCGUCGCUACAGGAAGUAUUCAGAAGCUGGGAACAAAGUAGAGGGCGUGUUCCUUGGAACUCCAACGUGCUGACAAUAGAGAAGGCGGCCGUUAAGCCAAGUCACACUACUUCCAGCAAGAGGCCUGAUGAGAAGCAACCGGGCUGCGAUCUUACGCUGUCGAUCGGCCUGUGGGAGGACGCGAGCAGCGACGCCGACGGCUCGAGCACCAUCAGCGAGGAGCUCCCGGCUCCGGCAGCCGGUGCUCGCCGUGUCGCCACCGUGAAGGAGGAGGAGAGCAAGCCGGCUCUGAACCUAGACUUGACCAUCUCGUCGUCUUGGCUGGCGUGACGCCGGCCGGCCGGCACACUCACGUCACGCUCGUGUACAGUUGUACGCACACAUGCAGAGCUAGCAGCAUGAUAGGUCUCUCGGAUUUUCGUGUCAUCCCCUUCGCCACUCCGAUCCGUUAUUGUCCUUUUUUUUUCUUUUUAGAUUUGCAAAUUUUCGGGUUUGUUCGAUUAGGAAUCGGGGCUUCAGACGACGAUGGGUGAGGAAUUUCUGCUCUCUUCUUUCUCCUGAUCAGGAGAAGGCGUUGUAUACCUGAAUCCCUCACAUGUCAUCGUCUGAAAUGUUCCAUUGUUUAGACUCUUAGAAAGGAGUAUGCAUGUUGUUACUACUAGUUAUUUGGCACAGGACAGAUCGAUAUAUAUCUUGAAUUUACUAUUUUCA